AUGUCUUCCAACACCGUCCUAUUCCCCAAGGACGCCAACAUGGCCAUGGAUACUACUACCCCCGGCGAACCCAUGGACAUCACAACCGAACAAAAGCCCACCUUGUUUGCCGCACCCUCAGCAGAUAACAAGGCGACCGACACGUCAGCGGCCAUCAACAAGUCGGACUCGAUGAAGACCUUGGAGUACCACCGCCAGGUCUUGCAGAAUAAGAUGGAGAUUGACCACACCAAGUACGUAUCCCCGUCGGACAACAUCAUGAGCCCCUGCACCGCCAAGCUCAGCGCCUUCCGCAGCAAGCAGGCUGGAAAGGUCAAGCCGAAGUCGCUCUUCGCCCAGGCGUCAGCUAAGAAACUCGAGGGCACGACGGCCACCGGCAACACAGGCACCACAGGCACCACCAACACCGGCCUUUUCGGAGUAAAGAAGGAUUGA